AUGGAUUUAAUCGUGGCUUUGCUGGAAAAAAUGGUUGUCUAUCAAGUUCCGCUUCGGGAGAAUCACGUCUGGAAGAGAAACGUGGACCAACAGCUAAGAAUUAAGAUUAUGUAUGACAGAAGCGUUGAGGAUUUGCUACCUGAGAAAAGACACCUUAUAAAGAACAAACUUUUUCCACAAGCUAUUUCUUAUUUGGAGAAGACUUUUCAAGUGCGCAAAUCUACGGGUACUAUACUGCUAAGCAGGCAGUGUGCAACAAACCAGUAUUUAAGGAAGAAAGCUGACCCUCACAGAUACUGCCGAGGAGCCUGUGCAGACCAAACAAGAUGUGGGCCAGUUAUAGUUCCUGAGAAACAUCUCCAGCAAUGCAGGGUAUGCAAUGAGAAUGAAUGGCACUGUGGACCCAUUGGCUUACCUGACCAAGAAGGUGUUCGAGAUGCUGACUUUGUGCUUUAUGUUAGUGCUCUCACUACUGAAAGGUGUGGCCAUGAAAAUAUCAUUGCAUAUGCAGCCUAUUGCCAACUGGAAGCUGAAAUGGACAGGCCAAUAGCAGGGUAUGCUAACUUGUGUCCAAAUAUGAUUUCAACUCAAGCUCAGGAAUUUGUUGGCAUGUUGUCUACAGUGAAACAUGAGAUUAUCCAUGCACUGGGUUUCUCUGCUGGGCUGUUUGCAUUUUAUCGUGAUGAUGAUGGAAAACCUUUAACAGCAAGAUCCAUGGAUGGACUCCCUCCUUUUAAUGAAAGUCUAGGUUUGUAUGAGUGGAGCAAUAAGGUUAUGCUUAAAGCUGUGAGGUUAUGGGAUAUACGUGGUGGCAAAAUGCUGCGCCAUGCUGUGUAUCUUCUGAUAACACCUCGUGUAGUUGAGGAAGCUCGGAAACACUUUAAUUGUCCAAUCCUGGAAGGAAUGGAGCUUGAAAAUCAAGGUGGUAUGGGUACUGAGCUCAAUCACUGGGAGAAGAGAUUGUUAGAGAAUGAAGCGAUGACUGGAUCCCACACGCAGAAUAGAGUCUUUUCCAGGAUCACCUUAGCAUUAAUGGAAGACACUGGCUGGUAUAAAGCAAAUUACAGCAUGGCAGAGAAAUUAGAUUGGGGACGUAACAAAGGCUGUGAUUUUGUAAUGAAGAGCUGCAAAUUCUGGAUCGACCAAAAGAGACAAAAGAGGCAAUUAAUCAGUCCAUACUGUGACACUUUGAGGAGUAAUCCUCUGCAGUUAACCUGCAGACAGGACCAAAGAGCAGUAGCAGUGUGCAACUUACAGAAGUUUCCAAAGCCAUUACCUCAGGAAUAUCAGUAUUUUGACAAUCUAAAUGGAGUGCCAGCAGAAGACUUGCCCUACUAUGGUGGCUCAGUAGAAAUUGCUGAUUAUUGUCCUUUUAGUCAAGAAUUUAGUUGGCACUUAAGUGGUGAAUUUCAGCGCAGCUCAGACUGUAGAAUACUGGAAAACCAACCAGAUCCUACCAAAAACUAUGGUGCAGAGAAAUAUGGACCAAACUCUGUAUGUCUUAUUCAGAAAUCUGCUUUUGUCAUGGAACAGUGCAGGAGGAAACUCAGUUACCCUGACUGGGGUAGUGGAUGUUAUCAAGUGUCUUGUUCUCUGCAAGGGCUGCAUGUUUGGGUCAAGGACACUGCAUACUUGUGCAGUCACUCGGGUCAAGUAUUAAGUGUUAGCAUUCAGAUGAAUGGCUGGGUACAUGUGGGGAACCUAAUCUGUCCAGCCUGCUGGGACUUUUGUGAUUUCUGUCCCCCUGAACGGGAUCCUCCUGCUUCCAACUUAACAAGAGUUGCACCAAUUGAUUUAUGCUCAUGCUCAUCCGGUCUGGUGGUUACCCUCUGGCUAUUGAUGGCUAAUUUAAUUCCCCUGCUAACAGGAUUUUUUCUCUGCGUGUGGAGCUAAGCAUGGGGAAAGAAGGUGUUCCGAGAUGGUACCAUCAUGCUGCACUUCUUAAUGUGAAGCACUGCAAGAGCUUUUUGUCUCUACAGGCAGCUGUACUGGCUGACCCUCUUCUCUCCUGGCAAGUAGCAGUGCUGAUAGCUGCCAGAGUGGUACUGACGACAGCAGCCAGAGUUUGAGAGGAGGAAAACUUACAUUGUCAUCUCAAUAAGUGCCAGUAUUUUCCUGAAUUACGACCUUUCAUUUUGACACAGUAACCAGAUCCACUGUGCUGACUGUGUUAGACUACCUGGCAACUCGGUAAAGGUUUGAAAUGGGAACUUUUCUGUUACAAAACUUGGGUUUUUUUUUUUUUUUUUAUUUGUAUGUCCUCUGUGUGACUGGUAGCAAAGCAUCCUCAAACUGGAAAUAUACCUCAGUGCUUUAGUCAAAAGCCAUGUGAAAAUCAGCUGUCAUCACUGCUAAUAACCCAGGCCAAAAUUGGUGUGGUUGGUUUGUUUGUUUUUGUCAAUUUUUA